AUGCCUACUCCUCUUGGACUUGCCGUCAUUGGCACAAAUUGGAUUACCAACUCGUUUAUACAAUCAUGUCACGAGAGUAAAUUGUUCCGCCUUAGAGCGGUAUACUCGAGGAAACUCGAUACUGCCAAGGGCUUCAUUACAGAAACUCCCUCCAUCGAAGAAACUUCGUCUGUGGAAGCAUACGACAACCUAGACUCCAUGCUCAACGACCGAGACAUCGACGUGGUCUACAUUGCGUCGCCAAACUCUCUACAUUACGAACAAGGCGUGAAGGCUUUGAAUGCUGGAAAACAUGUCAUCAUGGAGAAGCCUUUUGCUUCCAACAUGCGCGAGCUUGAGGCACUCUAUGAACUGGCUGAUUCCAGGGAUCUGUUCAUUCUAGAGGCCUAUCGCCAUAUCCAAGAGCCCAACUUUAAAACUUUACAAAGAUUGUUCGAUGAUGAGAAAGCGAGGACCAGAAAGUUUGGCAAGAUUUAUGGCGCCAGCCUUUCCAUGGCAGUCUACUCUCCACUGUUCGGCGAAAUGACUGAUACAAACAUUCCCAACGUGGUUUCUCCCAAAUUCAGCGGCGGUUGUUUGAUGGACAUGGGUGUCUAUCCCGUCACCUUUGCCAUUCGACUUUUUGGUGUACCUGCCUUUCAGACAUAUUUUCCCGUGAUGCUUGAAACAGGCGUCGAUGGUGGGGGCUUGAUCGUUUUUGAUUACACACCUGAGAUAUCCAAGCACAAGCAAAGAUUUACUCUGCAAGCUCGAACAAGUAAGCUUUACGAUUCACAUGCACCAACAGAGAUAUAUUGUGAGAAGGGGACUAUCUGCAUAGAGGGUAGUCAACCUUCGAAUGUGACAGAUAUCUGUACUAUGAAAUAUAUCCCUCGGGGAUCUCAAGAUGGAGAAGAGCUUGGGAAUACGAGUCCCGAAUACACUAACAUGUUGAACCUGACUUGGGAGGCUCAGGAACUUGGUCGAAUCAUCAACGAGGGAGACAGAGCAGCUGAAGGUGAUCUAAGGGUACUCAGCAGAAGUGUUCUCACUGUUGUGGAAGAUAUGCGGAACAAAAACGGUAUUGUAUUCGAUUGCGAGCGCUAG